CCCUGUUGAUGCACGGGUACAUACACGGGUACAUACAUGAGCCUGCUCCUCCCGACGCUCGCCCUCGCCUCCCGCAUCGCCAGCACGAGGCACGGCGCCAUCGACGACCACGACGGGUACGACUGGCGCCGGUCGACGUCUGAGAAUCAUCGCAACCCGGCCGCACCGUUGCGUCAUGAAUUCGCCGCGUCACGUGCGCGGCUCGACUACUCGUGGCACGUUCACUACUCGCUGCGUCGCCAGGAGCAGCAGGACGCCAUCAUCCGGCGAAUGCUCCGCGAUGGCGCUGUUGGCGGUGCUGAGCAUUCCACGCCGGCUGGCCGCGGCGUGCUGCAGGGGUUGCGGCAGGUGCUGUCGCGGUGGCAGCAGCAGAGGCGUGGCGCGGUCGGCGCGCCCGCGCAGCCGUGGGCCAUUUUCACGGCAGGCUGUAUGGGCGCCGGCAAGACACACGUAAUGGAGCUGCUCGAUGAGAACGGCCUGCUUCCCCUCUCGUCCUUCGUGCGCAUCGACGUGGACCGCAUCCGCGCCGCGCUGCCAGAGACGCGCACCUACAAGCCGCUCCUCUGCGACCUCUUCCUGGACCUGCGCACCUACGAGCGGCUCAACGCGCAGACGGCCGGACUGCUCACGCAGCUCGAGGCGCGCCUGGGCGGGCUGCAUCGCAGAGGUGGCCACAGAGGAGGCCUUCCGCCGCGGGUUCCAUGUCUGGGUCGACUCCUCCUUGCGAGACAGGCGGGCGCUCUGGUGGUCACGCGAGCUGCGGCGGCUGCGCCGCGUCUACCCAGCCCACCGCCUAGGCAUCGUGCACGUCACCGCGUCGUGGGCGAGAGUGGUCGAGCGAGAGGCGAGGCGAGGCGCCGAGACGGGGAGGCGCAUCCCGCCGCCGCUGCUGGCGCAGGUGUACGAUCAGGUGCCGCGCGCCGUGGCCGCGCUGCGGCGGCACGUCGAUCUUCACAUCGAGGUGGACAACGACACCUCCCAGCCGCGGUUGCGCCGCCCCGAGGAUGUGCUUGCUUUCCUCCGCCUCUGCCGGCAGCUCGCCCCCGCAGAGGGCCGAGGCGAGGGGCGGUGGCGCAGGCAGCAGGAGUUCGCCGUCUGGCGUUGGUUCGACGCCGAGGGGUUGAGGACCAAGCGGUGGGAGGCCACAGCCGCGGCCUGAGUUGGCCGUGCGGGUGGGAGGGGCAGGAGCGGAGACGAGUGUGCGCUAGCUUGGCCUACAGGGUUCGUGAGUGAAAUUU